AUGAAUAGGAACUACAGCCAUGAUAAUAUACUGUCUUCUUCCUCGACGAUGACACAUCAACAACAGUCAUCGUACCAACCAACAUUCAUUGGUGGCCAGUACAAUCCUUUGUGUUUCAGUAAGGAGUCGUUUACAUCGGAUGCAUUCAAGGUGGACGCUUUCAUUGCAGAUUGUAGGAAGCGUGUACCACUGGAGAGUGUACAGAAGGAUCUGCGAGAGUAUGCCAAGUGUCUGGAUUCAGAACUGGUCGAGUUGAUCAAUCGCGAGUACCACUCAUUCUUCUCGCUGUCCUCAUCACUUCUUGGCAUCGAUGUCGUACUCAACGAGUUCAACGAUACCCUAUCAUCAAUCAAAUCAGAGAUAUCUGUAAUGUGA